AUGGUUUUAGUUAAAGAUUUGUUACACCCAAACCCAGCUACCGAAGCUCAACAACACAAAUUGAAGACCUUGGUCCAAUCCCCAAGAUCUUUCUUCAUGGACGUCAAGUGUCAAGGAUGUUUGAACAUCACCACUGUCUUCUCCCACGCCCAAACCGCUGUCACUUGUGACAACUGUGCCUCCGUCUUGUGUACCCCAACCGGUGGUAAGGCCAAGUUGACCGAAGGUUCUUCUUUCAGAAGAAAGUAA